UAAAACUCCUCGCUCUCUCUGUUAUAAAUCUUCCUUCGCUCAAUCAGCUAUUAUCCAACCCUUCAUUCGCAGUCUCCACCAAUCUAAGAACAUACUUGUAUGCCUCUAUUUCUUCUGUUAAUUUAAUUUGAUUGUAGUUCACGUUUCUGGGUCUUUGUUUUGGCACAUGGGCAUUGAAGCUUCUCUCAGGUUGGUGCCUAAAUCUUGAUUUUAGCUAAUUGGCGUGUUCUAGUUUGAGAAAUUUGAAGAACAAUAUAUGAUAAAGUCUCUGGUUUUAGUCAUUGGGUGUUCUAAUUUCUGGGUUUUGUUCAACUUGUGAAGUGGGCAGUGGAUAUAUAUUCAUAAUGGUUUGUGUAGAAUCUUGAUAUUGAUGGAUGGGUAUGCAUCAAUCUGAGGAAGCUCCUAAAACAUGCUCUCUCUGCGAACCAGUCGCAGAUUUUGUCAUGCCGCCAUUGCCAUAACUUCGAACGGUUGUCCUGCAGCUGUGUCAAAUCACGUUUUUGAUACAAAACCUUUGGAAGAACCUGCCCUCGUUAAGCUUAAAGCCGAGAGAGACCCCGAAAAGCUAUUCCACCUGUUUAAGGCCAACGCUCACAAUACGCUUGUCAUUGAGAACCGAUUUGCAUUCGAAGAUACGGUGUCUAGGCUAGCUGGAGCUCGAAGGUUUGAUUACAUUGAACAUUUGCUUGAGCAUCAGAAGACUCUUCCUCAAGGUCGGCGAGAAGGGUUCAUUAUGAGGAUUAUAACAUUGUAUGGUAAGGCUGGGAUGACUAAGCAUGCUAUUGAUACUUUUUGUGAUAUGCAUUUAUAUGGUUGUUGUAGGACUGUUAAAUCCUUCAACGCUGCACUCAAAGUUUUGACUCAAACCCGUGAUUUAGGAGCCAUUGAGGCAUUUCUGAACGAGGUUCCACAAAAGUUUGACAUUGAAGUGGACGUAUUUUCGGUUAAUAUUCUUAUCAAGGCUUUUUGUGAAAUGGGAAUUUUGGUUAAAGCAUAUCGGAUCAUGGUAGAGAUGGAAAAGUUGGGAAUAAGACCAGAUGUCAUUACAUAUACCACACUGAUGUCAGCAUUUUAUAAGGAAAACUGGUGCGAGAUUGGUAAUGGUUUGUGGAAUCUUAUGGUGCUGAAGAGGUGUUUGCCUAAUCUUGCAACUUUCAAUGUUAGAAUCCAGUAUUUGGUUAACAGAAGACGAGCAUGGGAAGCUAACAAAUUGAUGGGUUUGAUGCAGAAUGUUGGGAUAACACCUGAUGAGGUCACAUAUAAUUUGGUGAUCAAAGGGUUUUUCCAGGCCGGGUAUCUUGAAAUGGCCAAAAGGGUGUAUUCUGCUCUACAUGGAAAGGGAUACAAGCCAAAUAUCAAAAUUUAUCAGACCAUGAUUCAUUAUCUUUGUAAAGGAGGGGAUUUUGAUUUGGCAUAUACUAUGUGUAAAGACUGCAUGCAAAAGAAUUGGUAUCCGAAUGUGGAUACCAUUCAUACAUUGCUUGAAGGCCUAAAGAGGGGCAAGCAGCUUGGUAAGGCUAAGGCAAUCAUGAUGUUGGUUCGGAAAAGGGUGCCUCCAUUUUCUUCAAAACAAGUGGGGGAUUUACAAACCAUACUGAACAAGAGUUGAAUUAAGAUGAGGGACUGGAAAACUGAAAAGUGGUAGAUUAUGUAAACUGGACAGCUCAACAAGAGCUGGUAUCUUUUUGCCCCACUCAUUUGUAAAUUUGCAGAACAAUUGACAUGAAUUUUUUUAAUCAUACGAAAGGGACAUCCUCAUUUCUUCAAUAAUUUGUAGUACCACCUCAAUUUAAAUGGAGUUCUGAAUGGACAGCUAUCACCCAAAUUUGUUCUUUGGUGGUGCAGAGCAGAAGGGUCAGGGAAUAAUGGCAAAGUCCUACCUAUUAGAUAUCAUUAAAUGCUUAUUUCGAAAAUCCUCAAACAUCUUCUUCCUCCCUGCCUCAAGGUGCACUUUCUUCAGGGAAAGUGGAACGCACCAAGGUGGGAGUUGAUUCAUUAUGCUUCAUUUGGUACAUUUGGAGGCAAAAAGAAGAAGUUGAGUUGCUGCAUCAUGAGCUGGAGCUUGUCCUGCCUAAGUUAUUGUGGUGUGUUUCCUUUGCUUAGAUAGCAGAUCUUUCUUCAGCUCUUGGAAUUCUUGUGUCGGAGGAGUUUUAGUGAUUGCUCUGCAGUUUCAGAUGGUUUAACCAUUAACCACCACUCUCGAUAGGUGAGAACAGGCUUGUUAUUGACUGCUCAACCUCGAUUCUUAAGUACUGGCGCUGCCUAGGAAGUUAAGUAGCAUUUUGUCUAUGAUAGAGCUUUCCAAUUGUAAAUUAACUGAUAUAGGGCUCUCUCUCUUGUUGGUUCUUGCCUUUGCCAUUCUUGGAAAUAAAUUGUCUUCUAGACAAA